AUGUCGACUGGUGGUUAUCAUCAUGCAAUAAUUUUAUCACCUGCUUUCUAUGCAAGACAAUGUUAUUCAGAUAAUAUCAGUAAUGAUUCAUCAUAUUGGAAACAUGAAGAUGCUGCUAGACAUUUAUCAAAUCAUGUUAUGAAUAAAUAUCCUAAUUUAAAUGUUUUAUGUUUAAAUAAUUCAACUUAUAUGAAAAAUGAUCUCUGGUCAGAUUCAACACGAAUUAAUGCUUGUUUAUUUUCUCAAGCUAGUCGUAUUGUUUUAUUUAUACCGGAUGAUGCAACUGAACAUAUUACUUAUUUCAGUCGACAUUGUUUACAUCCAUUACUAUGUAGAUCACGUGAUCAAGGUGGGCGACCAGAAUGGCAUUCACGUUUUAUUGCUGUUGCUAUAGGUAGUGUACAAGUGCCAAAUCAAUUAAAUCCAGAUGUACCAUUUAUAAAUGUGAUACGUUUUCGUGAAAUAGGAUGGUUUAGAGACAUUAUGGGAAUGAUGUUAUUGGAAAAAGCAAUUAAAG